AUGUCAGACACCUCCGUUCCCCCUCCCCCGAGCGCCGUCGCGCGGCCCGUCAGUGAGGCGCUUCUCAACGAGAAGUGGGACCACUGCCUGUCCAACCUUCUUGUCAAAUCCACCCUGGGUCUUGGCUUCGGCGUCGUCUUCUCAGUCCUCCUUUUCAAGCGCAGAGCGUGGCCCGCUUUCGUUGGUGUCGGUUUCGGAGCCGGACGCGCAUACGAGGAGUGCAACUCUAGUCUGAAGCAGGCCGCCAGAGAGAUCAGGAAGCAGGCAUAA